GUAUUAUCCCGCAUACAACCUUACUCGGUUCAGCGAACAUCGGCCCAACCAACUGACCCGCGCCCUACGUUGCCCAUAAAGUCCCAAUGCGGCGCCUCAAUACUAAAGCGACCACGCGUGGAUGCUUGUAUCCCAUAACUCUCGCAAGGAGCUUAUUCUUAUCAGCGUUUGCACCUCGGCACCGUCGCAACUUUACAAGCAUUGUUUCAAGGCGGUGCACUCCCACUGCAGCCCGGCCCCUUGCCACUGCAAUGUCACCAUGGCCUAUCUACCACCAAGGAGAGCUGGCGGUCCAGGAUCGUGCCGGUGUGCGCGAACGAGCGGUUGAGUUGCAAGACUUUAUUCGACCGGCCAUGCCGCGGCAACACGCCGAGUUCUAUGAGCAGCAGAGCCUGUUCUACGUCGGCGGACGGGACGCCACCGGCCAGCCCUGGGCCAGCGUGUUGGUCGGGCGGCCUGGCUUCGUGUCCGCACCCGACUCGUCGAACCUGAUCCUGCAGUCCUACCGCCGCCUGCCUGAAGACCCGCUGCUGCUUGCGCCUGGUGCUCAUCUGGGCGGGCUCGGCAUCGACCUGGUCACACGCCGCCGCAACCGUGUCAACGGCACCGUACUAGCAGAACCCGCCGCAUCCGUAUCCGCGGCGCCGCCCGCGCCUGCGGCCGCGCCGGUGGUGCGUGUUGCAGUGGACCUCAGCUUUGGCAACUGCCCCAAGUACAUUCAGGUGCGCGACGUGCGGCUGCGCCAAGACCAGCUGCCGCCGCUGCCCUCCGCGGCCCCCUCCCCAGCCGCUGCCCAGCACACCGCUUCUGCGCCGACUGCCGCAACCGCCGGGGUUGUGGUGCGCGGGCGGGGCAAGGAGCUCGGCGCGGCACAGCUGGCCCUGAUUGCGGCCGCUGACACCUUCUUCAUUGCGACCAGCUACAGCGGCGGCGGCAACAGAGGAGGGGCCCGGGAGCUGCAGAAUGCUGUGGGCUGUGACAUCAGCCACCGCGGCGGCCCCCCUGGCUUCCUGCGUCUGGAGCGAGACCCGCGGGGCGGCCCCAACCCGGUGCUGCGCUGGGCGGAUUACGCCGGAAACAACAUGUUCCAAACCCUGGGCAACCUGGCCACGGACGCCCGCGCUGGCCUGCUCAUUGUGGACUGGGCCACAGGCGACACGCUGCAGCUGGCGGGCACAGCCGAGACCGACUUUCAGGACCGGUCGCUGCCGGGCGCGCAGCGCAGCGUGCGCUUCACUGUGACCCACUUCAUCCACGCCGCCGGCGCGCUGCCCAUUGACACGUCAGCCGCCGCCGCCGCCGCCAAGCCUGUACAGUUCUCGCCGUACCUACCCAAGGAUGCGCCGCCGCCGCUGGCGCCAGGGCAGGUCUGGACGCCCCGCACCGCCGGCGCGGCGCACGAUGGCGCCGCCGCGGUGGCGGCGGCGAUCGCCGCAGGUGCUGUCGCUCCGGCGCCAGCGGAGCAGGUGGAGGUGGUUUCGGUGCGGUGGGCUGCUGAGGGCAUUAAGACGUUCGAGUUCGCCAUGCCCAAGGGACAGCCGACGUCAUACGUGGCAGGCCAGUAUGCCGUCUUCGAGUUCCCCGCCUGCUACGAACGGCCGGCGGCAGAAGGCCCGCCCGCCUCUGCCUCCGUCGCCGACACCGCUGCCUCCUGCUGCUGCGGUGGCACCAUCACGCGCACGUGGACCCUCACCUCCCACCCCGCCGCCGACUCGGCUGCGCGCGGCACCUUCUCCAUCACAGUGAAGCGCGCCGGCGCCGUGUCGGGUCGCAUGCACGACGCCCUGCGCCCCGGCGACAGACUGGCUCUGCGCGCCUUUGCCGGCGACUUCACAACUGAGCUGGUGCUGCCGCCGGCGCCCGCGGCUGCAGCCGCAGCCGGGCUGGGGGCAGCGCCUGCACCUGACCACCUGGUGUUGCUGCUGGCGGGUGGCAUCGGCGUCACUCCCAUCUGGGCGGUGGUCAACGACCUGGCGCAGCGGGCCGCAGCAGCAGCAGCAGCAGCACGUGGCAAGGGCGCCGGCGGCAGUAGUGGCAGUAGCAGCGGGGCACGGCAGCGGGUGGUGGUGUUGUACAGCGUGCGGCGGGGCGAGGAGGCUGCGUUCAGGUCCGAGCUGCGGCAGCUGGCAGAGGCGGCGGCAGAGGCGGCGGCGGCGGGGGGCGCGGAUGACGGGGGGCUGGAUGUGCAGGUCCUGCUGACCACCACAGCGGCAGUGCCCGGCAUGGACCCGGGCAGGGCGGCGGCAGCGGCGGCGGAGGCGGCGGCGGUGCUGGCGGCGCGGCGCGGCGGUUAUGUUGAGGCCGCGGGCGUGCGGCUGGGGUCGGCGCUGGUCCGUGCGGCGCUGGGGCCGGCUGGGCUGGAGGCGCUGAGGGCCGGGCGCUGCGCGGCCAUGGUGUGCGGCCCUGGAGGUUUCAUGGCCGCUGUUGAGCGGACCCUGGUGGACGAGCUGGGUCUGCCGGCGGACCGCCUGCACAGCGAGAGCUUCGCAUACUGAGCCAAGGCAACGUAGCAUUACAGGAGUACGGCACCGUGCUACCAGCACCACACAGCGCGGGUGUGGUGGAUGCUGUACUAAGAUAUUUUGAGGAGACCGCCAGAGUUGUUUGGAGGGGGUUGGAGGUUGCACUGCAGCAUGCGGUGGGUAAGUACCAAUCAGCUCGGUAAGCUCAAUCGUCACCCAUGUUAUUGAGAAUGCUUUUAAGACGAACCAUGCGAAGCCGAGAAAGCAAGCGAGCACAGACCCUACUGCAUUUACGUGGGUUCGAGGCAUUGUGGCUAGAUAAGUGCUGCCCCUGGUGCUGCCCGCUUCGAAGGCAAUUGUCUACAUUACAGCCAUUGCCCCGCAGCGAACAUGCGUGCUAUGAGAAUAUGCUGUGGCUUUGCGGGACUGGCGUGAAGCGGUACGGUGUGCAGCGGUGCGGCGUGGCGUUGGGUAGCCCACGCAGUGACGCUGGAAAGCCAUCCCAGGCACACACGGCAGCCGUACCUGCGCUGGCAGCUUAUUGUCGUUAAGCGCAGUGGUGUGUGUGAGACACGGCAUUUGUACACGGUCAGACACAUUGCUAUUGCUGCAUAAUGAACGGGGAAUCUGUGCCCUGCGCACUUCCUUUCUCGAGUUUACUAAAAUGUGGACGUAAGGGCUUGCGUGACGGGAUGCUGGUGGGCAUUGAGUAUUUGCUUUCAGGAUCAAGGGGUUGGCUGAGUGCGAUGGAAUAGGCAAGGGGCAGGGUGGCGCAGUCCCGAUAUUGUGUGGCGUAUCCCUGGACUCGAACAAUGGCUUACAUCAAUUGAGGGUUCGAGGGGGUGGCGGCGAUGGGUGCUGGGACCCAAUGGGGUUCGCCCUUCCCAUUGCUGUGCUGCCAAGGAGCCCAGAAUCAAGGGUCCGUUAUUAAUUUCCUUGCUUGC